AUGACGGAUCAGAACCGCUCAAAGAUUAUCAAGGAUUUUCCCAUUGGAAACGGUCUCGACGUCUUCCGUGCUUCGUUUAGGUCGAUCUGUGAUGGCAGUAGCAUCCUGCGGUCCCCAGACGCUCUUGAUGAGCUAGGUCGAGAAGAUCUCCAAACCCUCACACUUGAUCUCCUUUCGGCACUCCAAUCACUUCGUGCUUCGCGUCUCCUUUGCUCCGCCAGUGGGGACAGGAACUUAUACGGCGACUUGCUACGGCUCAACUCAGCUGUCAACUCCGGCGAGUUCGAUGUCGACCGUACCAAACCGCUGUUAAAUGUGGCUCUCGCCGACAAACCCGACGAUUCCCUUAUUUGGAACCAGAACACGAGCGGCCUCGUGAACUCGUCAGAAUCCCGCCAGAAUGUCGACCCGAUACUGAAGUUGGAGCUCGAACAUGUCUAUGUCGGAGUUCCCAAUUUCCACAAAGCCUUAUUUGGAGACGUGCCAGACCUCGACGUGGUUUCUGAGGCAGUCUUCCGCAGCUGUACAGAAGGCGACAACCCACUCUUCAAGGACGGGUGGAGUGGAUGGCCGGCAGGUGCCAAAGAGAGCGAUGUGCUGACUUGGUUCGGCGGCCUAAUCCCGAAGCUGGAAGAAUUCGCAGGCGAUCGCAUUUCGCGUCCGGCGGCUCGGCGAAAGCUGCUGGCGCAGCCGAGGACACCACUAGUUGGCUCUAUAGGCAAGCGCAGCAUGGACAUCGGUUUUGUCAAUAACGACAUCACAUGUGAUCCCAAUCCUGAGGAUUUGAGAUAUCGUUGGUCGCACAUCCUCAUUGCUGGCGAACUGAAAAGCAACCCGAAGGCCGACAUAGCAUCGAUUGCAUGGAUUGAUCUCGCAAGGUAUGCAAGAGAGGUAUUCGCGGCUCAAGACACUCGUCGAUUCGUUUUGGGCUUCACCCUCUGCGGGUCGCUUAUGAGGGUAUGGGAGUUUGACCGGCUUGGGGGGAUCGCCUCCGAACAAUUCGACAUCAACAAGAAGCAUGGUGCGCUACAGUUUGCGACGACAAUCCUGGGAUUUCUGCGAAUGAAUAAGGAGAUGCUUGGUUUUGAUCCCACCAUUAUAACAUCCGGCGGCCAGCAGUAUAUCGAGAUCGAACGAAACGACAAAACAGAGCGUCUCAUCAUUGAUGAUGUUAUGAAUGCGGAUGACGACAUCCAAAACAAUGUUCGAAAGAGACUGGAUGUCACCAAAGCUACAAAUUACCGAUCAGGACAUGCGAUGUUGCCAUCAGGUACGAGCGCGUCAAGUGUGUCACGCAGAGGGCAAAGCAGCGGCGCUGUCAAGGCAAGCACCGGAGCCCUGCCAAACCGUGUACAUCGGCGACUCAUUCUUCGUGACUUUGGAAAGCCAAUCUACAAGGCAAAAUCUCGCACGGCGCUGCUCGCUGCGCUGGAGAGCUGCAUUGAAGGUCACCAGUCGUUGCAUGAGGCGGGCCUUCUCCACAGGGACAUCUCCAUCAACAACCUCAUGAUCAAUGAAGAUGAUGAGAACCCUUCGUGGCAAGCUUUCUUGAUUGAUCUAGACCUUGCUAUACGAGAACAACGACAAGGAGCUUUAUUGGGCGACCAGCACUCCUUCAUGCAUGACCUGGAGUCGUUUUUCUGGGUGUUCUUUUGGCCUCUGGCUCAAUGGGUAAACCGGCUGCGACGGGAACUCUUUCCAGGGGAUAAGCCGUGGCAGGGCCGAGAGGAUCCUGGGCUAUAUGUUCGCAUGCGGCGAAUCUUGCAAGGUGCCCAACAGGACCCGGCGAUCCUUGCAAGACGGGAUUGA